AUGUCAUUCCUCCCAUCGAACUUUACACUAGGCAUCCUUCUAGGCCAAGCAUCUAUACUAUUCCUGAUCUAUCUAUUUGUACGAUACCUGCUCCUCGCCGAUCCUGACGAUCCUGUUUCCCACUCUGCUGCUCCAAAACCGCGAUUACGAAAUGUCCCACCGUCAAGUGAGAAGCGGGAGAUAUAUAGGAAUGCUAAUGCACAAGUACAGAUAAUCGAUGCAUACCGGGCAUCACUCUCUACUCCACCGCCGAAUGUGUUGCCCUCUCCCGCCCAGGCGGCGGACACCGUCAGGGUGAGGGUAGAGAAGUGGGUGAACGACCACCGAAGUCCAGAUGUAAUGGAUGAGAUAGUUGUGCACGAAUGCGACUUAGGCGCUGGAGCUCCCAGUGUUGAGGACGUUCGACUGAGCCCGCAUGUGAAGGGCGGCUUGAAAGCCGAAUUCGACAUCUCCUACAGUCCGUCAAGUCCACCGACAAUAUCAAUAUCCACCGCGAUACUGCUGAAUGUGCCGGUGUCAAGGUUCGGCUCGCUUCCAGUCUCCUUCAAUAUCGCUCUGUCACACAUCAGUGGCACUUUAAUAUUUCAUAUCCCGCCAGAUUCAGCACCGAUAUCCAUGAACUUAUCAUCAACGCCACCUUUACGGUUGUCCCUCUCUCAGUCCUCACUUGUGGGCUCGCGAGCCAAGCUUGCGGAUCUUCCCAAGUUGCACGAGCUGGUGGAGUCAAGGGUACGUACGGUGCUUGAGGACCAAUUGGGAAAGGCGGGUGAAGGCUGGGCAUUUGUCCUACCGGGGUUGGGUACUGGCAUGGGUGGUGUAGAGGGGCUAGCGCGUACAGUGGGCGAGGAAGUCCUGGGCGGGGACUCGGCAAUCUCGUCUUGA